GACACCAGGACUACAUUACCCACAGGGCCCCGCGCCCCCCCCCCACGGUGCUCCCGCAGCUCGCCCCCUCGCCGCCGCCAUGAUAGUGUUUGUCAGGUUCAACUCCAGCCAUGGCUUCCCGGUGGAGCUUGGGUCAGACGCCAGCAUCCUCCAGCUGAAGGAGGUGGUUGCACAGCGACUGGCAGUUCCAGCUGACCAGCUGCGGGUGAUUUUUGCAGGAAAGGAACUCAGCAACGACUUGACGCUGCAGAAUUGUGACCUGACCCAGCAGAGUAUCGUUCAUAUUGUUCAGAGUCCACAGAAGAGCAGUCAGAAGAAUGACGAGGCAGAAAAUAAGCAUGCUGGAGGCAUUCUAAAAACCUUGGAAAGAGAAUCUGAAAGUCUAACUCGCAUAGAUCUCAGUUCAAGCAUCCUCCCAUCACUGUCUGCAGGGUUGGCUGUUAUUCUGGAUACUACAAAACCCAACAUUUCUCUUCCUUCUGAAAAAUCAGGUGCAGCUAGUUACAACAGUUUUUAUGUUUUCUGCAAAGAUUUCUGCCAAGCUGUUAAACCUGGGAAACUAAGGGUCCGCUGCAGUGUGUGUAAACAAGGAACGCUGACUUUGGCAAGGGGCCCAUGUUGCUGGGAUGAUGUGCUGAUUCCAAAGAGAAUAACAGGUGUUUGCCAGUCCCAAAGGUGCAAUGGAACUAUUGCGGAGUUUUACUUUAAAUGUGGAGCACACCCAACAACUGACAGUGAAACAUCUGUGGCUUUGAACCUCGUUACAACAAACAGUCGCUCUAUCACAUGUAUAACAUGCACAGAUAUUAGGAGUCCUGUGCUUGUGUUCCAGUGCAUGCAUCGCCAUGUCAUUUGCCUAGAUUGUUUCCAUUUGUACUGUGUGACUAUGCUGAAUGACCGUCAGUUCAUCCAUGACCUGGAGCUUGGCUACUCCCUCCCUUGUGUAGCUGGCUGUCCAGAUUCCUUGAUUAAAGAGCUUCAUCACUUCAGGAUUCUGGGAGAAGAACAGUACAACCGCUACCAGCGCUAUGGUGCGGAGGAAUGCGUACUGCAGAUGGGUGGCGUGCUGUGUCCAACUCCCAGCUGUGGAGCGGGUUUGCUGCCUGAACCAGGAGUGAGGAAAAUUGUAUGUGAGACAGGCAAUGGACUAGGCUGUGGGUUUGUGUUCUGCCGUGAAUGUAAAGAAGAAUACCAUGAAGGGGAAUGCAGCUCUCUCCUCAGCAUGCAGGGAGCCAUGGCCCAGAAGGGAUAUGCAGUUGAUGAACAUGCAGCCAUGCAAGCCCGAUGGGAAGAGGCAUCUAAAGAAACGAUCAAGAAAACAACCAAGCCUUGCCCCAACUGCCAUAUUCCAGUAGAAAAAAAUGGUGGCUGCAUGCACAUGAAGUGUCCUCGACCUCAGUGCAAGUUUGAGUGGUGCUGGAACUGUGGCCUGGAGUGGAACAGAACCUGCAUGGGCGAUCACUGGUUUGACUGAUGGCACAGGGGCACUGGGGCCAGCUGGCAUUGCUGCUGGAGCCUGCUUUCAUCAGGGUCAAUUUCUGAACUCCUUGCUUAAACAAACCUCCCAGCGGUUUCAGGAACAAAGAGUUCAGAAAGUGACCCAGUUUGUAGGUUUUUGCUUGCUUGCCUAUAAAAUCAUACA